UAAAGCCUUUCGCCGACAUUCUGGACCAUCUUUGCAAUGGCAACAUGACUGGGAAGACCCCUUAUGAUGUAAGGAUAAAAAAUAAGCGUGCACUACAGCACAACAUCAGGCCUCGACCAUUGUCUGACAAAGAUUUUAUGGUGGUGAGGAGAGUACCUAUUGAGCACCGUGACCAACAUGUUCAGUCCCUUGAGAAAGCAGAGACACCUAUUACAGAUCAAUGGAGACUGGUCCUCUAUAAUUAUUUAAAUGAUGUUGUUGCUGCUCAACCGGUGAAGUCUAAAGAGCUACGGCGGGGCAAUGUACUGAAACAGAAUGCCCUAGCUGGGUCCUCCUCUGCUCAUCCGCUAUCAGCGGAUAAUGAUAUAUCAGACACUGCCCCAUCCGCUAGCGGAAAAAGACACAGACAAUCUACAGCGCCUCACGUGGAACAAGAAGAAAGGCUGCCCUCAAAGCGCAAACUUGAUUUCGGCCAAGAAUCCAAUUUUUCAGAACCAAUAACAUUGGAUGGUCCGUCAUUAGAUGUUGAACUCAGUAACUUUGUUAGUGAAGAAGAUUUUGGCCAUGUCCUCACGGGAGAAAAGGACCAUGGCCUUGGUGACCUCUUCAAUUUAUCUGUCGAGGAUUAUAUCAUUGGCGAGCGUGGCACAAGUCGUCCACCUUCCAGCCCGGGUGUGGUUGAAAUUGUGCCCCCUACCCCUAGUGCUCUUGGUUUCUUGUCAACUUUACCUGGUUGCGAACAAGAAAUUCGCCACUCACAAGACCCUAAGGUGAUGGUAGUAUCAGGAAAAGACGCAGAGAUGGACUGCAGUUUCGUCAAGGACACGUUUAUGGAGGCUACAGAUUUCGUGGUAAAACGAGCCCUCGAAGGACUGAACGACUCUACCCUCGGUGAUCCCAAGCGACGCAUCAUGCUUGAGAGCGUUUCUCAGACGCUGCCCACGCAAGUACCUGAGGUAGCUAAGGUGCAGGCCAUGUUGGUCGGGCUUAUUGAUCUUUCCAAGAAGUUGGAGGUUGGCCAGACUAAGUUCACGGAGGAAUCCGAGCGAGAUGAGCAUGUUGUUGCUGAAGUAGGACUUAAGAUUAAGUCUGGCCAUGAGGUUUCCAAGGCCAUAAUUGAGGACUUAUCUGCCGUAGAAAAGAAGUGCACUGAAAUGGAGGCACGUGAAGCAGAGUUGAAGGCCCAGUUUGAAGAGGUUACUGCUACUUUGCACAGGCUUAAGUUGGAAAUGGAACAACGCCGACAAGCACAUGAUGCCCAUAAAUCUGAACAGGAGAAGUUGGUGAAGAGUGUACAGGAUACCAAUGCUGGCAAACGUGCAAGGCUUGCUGAAUUUAAACAAAAGACAGCAGAUUUAAAGACUGAAGCAAGUCAGUUGUUGAACAGCCUGCAGAACUGGCGAGCUCUUUGAGAAGGCGUAGACUUUGUUUAGUUCUCUUUUAUUUGGCCAUUUCAAUUCAUCAUUUUCUUUUGAAUCACUUUAUGUUCAGUACUCAGUUUCGCUUCAAAUGUAGCAGUACUUUGUUUAUUCAGGUGGGAACUCCAAAUUUUAUGCAUGAUGUGCUAGUACGCCAGCUUUGACGUU